AUGGAUUGGUAUUCAUUGUUGGCUUUUAGUUGCAUUAUAACUAUCAUCAUUCCUAGUGAAGGGAAGAAUUUACGCUGCUGCGAUGAGGAAGCUUGGAAUGUAGGAAAUUCUCAGUAUUCAGUGAAUUGCGAUAGUGCAAUUGCAGUAUUGAAAGCAACCGUUCAAGCAUUAUCUGACAAGGAUGAUUGUAAUUUGCCUAGCUACAAUACUACAAAUUUUGUGCCCUCAGCUUGCGGGAAAAUAAUUCAACAAUCAAAAUUUCCAAGUGCUGUCCUCGAUGUCGUCAUUAGAAAUUUUCCAGUUAAGAACAAGACCCGACCGUCAUAUUGUGAAGACAUUUUGUAUCCCCGAAUUUUAAAUACUGUAUCUCUUGAUCAUGUAUUGAAUAACAAAAAUAGUACGAAUGCCACCGUCGUAGUAUCUCUUAAAUUAUACCUAUAUUACUUGCAAUUGUUAUUCAGUACGACUUCUAAAUAUGUACGGAAAUGUAGAAAGAUUCCUGAAAUUUGCGAAUAUAAUUUCAUCAACAGUAUUUUAUGCCAAGUCAAUCAGGUAACUGAACAAAUACCAACUAUUUGCUUCGGCGAAAAGGCUAACGUUAACCCCAUAUUCCUAAAGCAAAGUACGGAAGAUAUAGCAUUUGUUCUUCUUCAUGCUAAAUCACCUCAAAAUUGCAAGCCGUGGGACUUAGAUUUGGCUUUAAUAUACCAGCUUUUGGAAGAAUUUAAAUUUAAAUAA